AUGGCUCGACCAUUCGUUGCUGGCCACCAGGACCAGUUGAUGGAUGUAGCAUAUGAUUUCUACAGUAAAAGAAUGGCGACAUGCUCGGCAGACCAUACAAUUAAAGUUUUUGACAAGGUUGCAGACACAUGGCAGCUUUCUGACUCGUGGCGAGCCCACGAUGCCGCUGUAGUCAAGUUGUCCUGGGCUGGCCCAGAAUAUGCCCAGGUUAUAGCCUCUGCAUCACACGAUUGUGUGGUCAAAGUUUGGGAAGAAGACACAAGCGAGACGCCAGGCUCGGGAAAACGCUGGAAACGCAAGUACACGAUCUCGGAUUACGGCGGACCCCUCUACGAUAUUGAGUUUGGCUCUAGCUAUACUGGGCUGAAGCUGGCGUCAAUUGCUUCAGAUGGGUAUUUGAGGAUUCAUGAGGCCAUGGAUCCCAACAACCUUGGCUUCUGGACCCAGACCGCCGAGAUUCCUCUUCUUAACCACCCCACGGCAAGACAGCUGCAAUCAGCAUUUUCUCUAUCUUGGGCACGCUCUUUGGCACUAAAGGACUAUUUGGCGGUCAGUGUGUUGGAAGAUGCGUUUAUUUAUUGCAGAAACGAAGCUGGCAAGUACGUUCGGGUUGCAGAGUUGUCUCAGCACAAGGGAUUGAUCAGAGAUAUGCAGUGGGCCCCCAAUCUGGGUCGUAGUUACAACAUGAUUGCGACUGCAUGCAAAGAUGGAUACCUUCGCUUGUUCAAAGUUACCAGAGUCCCUGGAAAUGGUGAAGAACAAACUCUAAAUAUCGAUCUUGUCCACGAAAGUGCAGAUCAUAAUGGCGAGGUUUGGCGAGUAGCCUGGAACCUCACAGGCACUGUAUUAUCUUCUACGGGCGACGACGGAAAAAUCCGAUUCUGGAAAAGUACGUAUACGGGCCAAUUUCAAAAUGCGGCUGUAGUAACUAGUGAACAGCGCCAAAGAGAAGGUGCAGUUCAGAUAUAA